AUGAAGUACUCGUUUGCACUAAAUUUACCGAUGAAAACCUCUCGUCUAUUUUUGGCUACAACGCUAAGAUCCUUUACAACUUAUUCAUCUCGAUCAGAACAGUUGAAUCGACAGAGUUUGCCUCAGAAUAAGAUAGGUGGUAAUGACUUGGCUGAGAAGAAGGCAAGUACUUUGCAAACAGAUAAGGAGCCUUUUCAGAGUAAAUCUAAAAAGACCUGGAAAGAGAAAUGGUUUGGAUUAACGGUUGAACAGCAGAGGCAAGCAGGAUUCGGUGAGGUAAAGCGAUUACUUCAAUUGGCCAAAAGAGACUCUAAAUUGUUCGCUGUUGCUGUGAUUUUAUUGGUGAUUUCCGCUGCCAUCGUUAUGGCAUUACCUAAAAUUACAGGUUCCAUCUUGGAUGCUACCAGAAAGUAUGAGAAGUUAGAAGAGAUUCAAUUGUUUGGCCUUUCUCUGACUCAAUUUUUGUUUGUCAUGGCUGGUUUUCUUCUUAUAUCUACCUUCACCACAUAUGGGCGUAUCAUCAUAUUAAGAGUAUUAGGUGAAAAAUUGGUGGCCAGACUUAGAUCCAGGAUCAUGAAGAAAACAUUGAGGCAGGAUAUGGCAUUUUUUGAUGAAAAUAAGGUCGGUGACUUGAUUUCAAGAUUAUCUUCUGAUGCGUAUGUGGUUUCGAGAUCUGUGACGCAAAAUCUCUCUGAUGGCAUCAAACAUAGUAUUGUAGGAGCCUCUUCCAUCACCAUGAUGUUUUUUUUGUCACCUAAAUUGUCAUUGAUAUUGUUGGCAUUCGGACCGCCUUUGGUCUUUGCCUCCUACAUUUAUGGAUUAAAGAUACGUGCAAUUUCGAGGGAGUUGCAGCAGUCAACUGGUUCGUUGACAAAAGUUGCUGAGGAGCAGUUAAACUCUAUCAAGACUAUUCAAUCUUUUACUGCAGAGAGCAAAGAGUUACACAGAUACGAUAACCAGAUUAGAGACGUCUUCAGAAUCAGCUAUAAGGAUGCCGUAACGAAUGCCACCUUCUUUGCCUCCACUGGAAUCAUGGGCAACAUCACAUUUUUGCUGACAUUAGGGUUCGGUACCUAUUUUGUAAUGGCUGGUGGUAUGACUGUUGGUGAUUUAACUGCAUACCUUAUGUAUACCGAGUAUUGUGGGAGUGCUACUUUUGGUAUGGCUAGUUUCUACACAGAGUUGUUUAAGGGUGCCGGUGCUGCUUCCAGAUUGUUUGAGUUAUUGGAUAAGAAACCAUUGAUUGACGAAGUGACAGGCGCAAAGAUUCACACGUCUAAGGGGCAUAUUAAGUUUGAAGAUGUCAGCUUCAGAUAUCCUACAAGGCCAGAUAAUGUCAUAUUUGAUAAACUCAAUCUUGAGAUCAAGGCUGGGUCUAAUGUAUGCAUUGUGGGUCCUUCCGGUAGAGGUAAAUCGACUAUUGCAUCUCUAAUGCUUAGAUUUUACAACCCAGAAUCGGGAAGAAUCACUCUUGAUGGGGUGGAUAUAUCAAAUUACUCUGUUCAUUCAUUGCGACAGAUUAUUGGUUUUGUGCAACAGGAACCAAUCUUGAUGCCUGGUACCAUUAGAGACAACAUCAAAUAUGGAAUGCCACCUAAUGUUAAAGUGACGGGAGAUAUGAUUGAAUGGGCUGCUGCUAAGGCCAAUUGUGAUUUCAUCAAUCAAUUUCCAGAUAGAUAUGAUACAGACAUAGGACCAAGAGGUUCGUUACUAUCUGGUGGUCAGAAGCAGAAGGUUGCUAUUGCCAGAUGUUUGAUCAAGGAACCAAGAAUAAUGAUUCUCGAUGAGGCUACUUCUGCGUUGGACUCUAAGUCUGAGAAUGCUAUCAACACUACUCUAAGCCGGCUUUUGCGUGAUCACUCUAUGACUACGAUAUCCAUAGCACAUAGACUGUCAACUAUUGAGAGAUGUGACGAGAUUCUUGUUCUUGGGUACGAUGGGCAAAUUGCAGAACAAGGUAAGUUCAGUGACCUAUAUGCAAAUAUGAAUUCACGUUUGUAUAAGUUGUUAAAUGAGGUGAGUAAAGAGGAUACGCAGAAAGAGAAUGAAGAGAAACACCGAAGAGAGAGGGAAAGAAAAUUGAAGUUGGAGGAAGCCCUCAAAGACUGCAGAAACAAGCCUACUGUGCUUAGUCAGGAGCAAUUACAAAAACGGGAAGCUGAAGACAGAGAGUUGAUUGGAGAUAGCUUCAGAGAGGAAGGUAGUGAAAUGAAAGAUGAUUUCUCUCACAAAUUCAUAAUUCCUCAGCACAUGGGAAACGAGGAAAUGGUGAUGAAAGUGGCUGAGAAUGAUUCGGAGAUUCAGGGUAUGGAGGAGGAGAAUGAGAGUAAUGGCGAUGAGGUAUCAAAAGAGCAAGACAUUAGUGAUAAUAAAGCUGGGCAGGAUGAUGACAGCAAGAAUGCCGAUAACGAUGUGGCCAAGGCCAAAAAUAAAUCUCAUGUCGGUGUUACAGUUACUACUGGUGAUCAUAUACGAGGUCAGAGUGAGGCUCGUCACUAG